AUGGCAGAUGCUCAACCCCCAACCAUCGUGGAAGGCGCAACGACUGGUGAUGUGGAGGAUGAGGUUCCUAUCGCCAAAUCCGCCGAAGACCGCAAAGCAGCAGCAGCUCUGUCAUCCCUCGAUACUCCCCGAGAAGAUGAAUCCGCAGGUGGCAAGGAUGUCGAUCAAGAAGCCGUCCGUAAAGCAAUGGACAGGCUAGCGGGGCCAAAGGCUGCCAAUGGCAGUGCCGCGAAGAGAGAGGAGGAGAAAAAGGCCGCUGUUAAAAAGGUGGUCAAGGUGGACCAAGCAGACGUAGCUUUGUUGGUCGAGGAGCUCGAAUUGACCAAGCCAAAGGCUACCGAUCUUCUGAAAUCCCAUGAGGGAGACGUCGGGAAGGCGCUGAGAGCGUACAUCGCCCCGGUAGCCUAA